GUUUGUGAGGGUCCGCGGCAGCCAGUCGGGAGCCGGUCUGUCCAACAGGAAACACACCUAUAAGCCUAGGAACGUCGUCGCAGACAUCACACGAGGAACAUGUUGAAGGCCAAAACCAACAGCCUGUCCUUAGCGACAUGGAUGACGGCGGGCAUGUGGAUGUUAUUAGUCACCUUUACCGUACAAGCUGAAACACUGGCAGCAGGUGAUAGCAACGAAACUAUAGCAGAGGACAGGGAUCCAAAAUUUAUUUUCACAGUGAUAAGGUUCCCCAAUGAUUACUGUGGUUCUGGGACAGACUCAGGAACCUGCUACACAUCUAAAGAAUGCGCAGGCAACGGUGGUACCAGUGUCAGCACCUGCGCCAAGGGCUACGGCACCUGUUGCAAAGUCGUGACAACACAGUGUGGAGGCGACAUACGAGUCAACAACACUUGGGUACAGAAUCCCGAGUACCCAGGCUAUUUCAACGAAGCCAGGACGUGCACGUGGAACGUUUAUUUCGACGAUACUGCUGGAAGGAUAUGCCAGAUUCGCUACGAUUUUGCCGAUAGUACCCUCGUAGGACCCUCCACCACUGGUUACUGUAACAACGACCAAUUGAUCUUCCAUGACGACACGAAGUCCGAGUGGUUCUGCGGAGUGGCACCAGACAACUAUCAUUGGUAUGUUGAGACUGCUGGCACGACUAGUCCACACAGCUUCACUAUCAAGACAGACAGUACCAAUAAAGAUCGAAAUUACGCGAUACGCGUUUCGUACGUGCAUUGUUCCCUUGGUGUUCCAACAAAAUGUGGUCAAUACUACACUGGAUUAUCCGGGACGAUCAAUUCUUACAACUACAACGUAAACAGUUAUUAUCUAGCUGGACUCUUCUACUCUAUCUGCUUCCGAAGAGAGGUUAACUACUGUACUUACACUCUUGAAAAGACGAGCGACAACCAGUACAUCGACAGUAAAGACGUUUUGCGACUAAUGAUGGGAAAUGGAGUGACAACGCCACCAAACCCAGUAGUCCAAGGAUCCCCAACCUUGUGCCCACAGCCGAGUGCGCAACAAGCCCAGAUGUAUUAUUCGUCUAGCGUUUGUCUGUACCCGGCUUCGAUGACUUCAAUACAGAAGACAGGGCCGUUCUUCGUUACUGUCAACACAAAUCUCGAUACAACAGUGAACUUCAACCCUUUGCCUUUCGUCAAACCAAAUAUUUACUCUGGUUUCGAAUUCAACUGGAAGCAUAAUGCCUGUUAAGAAAUGUACUUUUCAGAGCAUUAUAACGAAUUAUAAUGCUUUGGUGUAAAGUUGAGGUUUUAGAAAUUUUUAAUAGGUUUCUCAAGUCUUCAACUGUAGUUGAUAAUUUUUCUUGCUUGAUACCACAGGCAUUUGCAAAGUUGUGCAGUUGGUGAAAACUUUUAUCCCAACAGGUAUUUGUUGCGCAAUCUUGGCAUGCAGUUUUAUUGGAAAAGACGAAUAUCAAAAUGGAAAGGACGGUUUUAUGCUAGCGUAAUAAUUUUUACAUUAUUCAUCUUCCAGUUUACUUAAUGAAUAGUAAUCUAUGUAAUAUUCUUGUCAAAGCACACAAUGACCAGAGCAUUAUAACGGUAUUCCGUUUUCUCCUUGCUUUAUUUAUGCGAACAUUUUCGUCUUCAA